GCCAUCAGACGCGUCGCCAGGAACGACCAAGCGGGCCGACCGGAGUGCGCUGCGGCAGAAGCUGUGCAGGGACCUAUUUCAAGCCGAUAUUUUGACUCUUUCUCUCACGGAAGCCGGACCGAGGGUUCAGUUUUGACCGCCAUAAAGAAAGGCGAGAGCAGAACUUGUUCGCCAGGCCCUUCCUGUCGUCUGCUCGCUGUCCGCUCAUCGCCAGCAGAAGCCGCCUCACCAUGGGCUCUGUCGUUCUCAAAAGCCUGUCCAUCCUCCUUGGAAUUUUUUUCGUAUUUGUCGGCACGAUGAAGAUAUCUUCACUGAUUAGCAAGGAGCUUCACAAAGACUUGAGAAAAGAUUAUGUGAAAUAUGCCAAAGUAUUUCCAUUAUCUGAUACACUGGACUUUAAAGUUCCUUCAAAAUGGUACCGCAGAGUUGUUGGUUCUUUGGAAAUCAUCUGCGGAUUAGCAAUGUCUUUGAUACCCAAUGCCAAAGUGAAACAAGGGGCUAAUAUUGUCCUGAUUCUCCUCAUGCUAGUAGCUGUUUAUUCCCAUUAUAUGGUGAAUGACAAAUUUGAAAGAAUUGCUCCAGCAUUGGUAUUUUUCUUUAUGCUCACUGGCAGAAUGGUCAUAGACUGGCAAUUAAGAAGGAAAGCUGAAGCUGCAAUUGAAGGAGAAGCAAAGGCUCAGAAACAGGAUUAAACAAUUUUUUCAUUGUCAUUUUCAUUGCUCAAAUUUAUUUUCUCACAUCGUUCGAAACAACAACUUCAUUUAUUUUUAAGUUUUUAUUUUUAACUCUACCCCUAAUUUAUUGUAUGUGAUCAUCCUAUUCAUUUUUUCUUUGAGAGGUGAGGCCAUGCAAAGCUUUUUGUUUAAUUUUGUAAGAAUUUCAGCACACUUCUUACACUGCCUUUAAUUUGAAAAAUGUGUGAAACUGAAAGAAAUUUAGUGAAGAUACUUCUGACUUAGGAUUAAAAGUUUUUGUGUGUUGUAGAUGUCUAAACUGCUCAACAUGUAUCUCAAUUACACUCAAGCUGAUACAGGUGCUAGGGUAUUUUGUACUUGAUUGGUUAAAUUUCUAUAAACCUACCUACUGGUUUAGAAUAAUCUCUCCUGAUCUUGCAUGUCACUUGAUUUUGACCGGUGAAAGCAGGGAGAAGGACGGUGAAAGUCACUCAUUGUUUCUUGGAACCAAAAGAGUUGUAAAUUUGUUUUCUUAGGUAAGGGCAGUUCAUGUUUUAGACUCAAACCAUUUUAUUUGUGUUGUGCUUUUUUUUUAGUUGUACUAUUUUGUAAGUUGAUUUUUUGUUUUUCUGGCUAUUUAGGUCAUGUUUUUAUGUGUGAUGUGCUUUUCAACUGCAUAGCAUUUAUACUUAGGAUGUGUAUAUAGGAUGCAUGAUUUUAAAAAAAGAAUAUUUUUGCUCAAAAAAUAAUAAUUUUGCUUUAUUUUAGGCUUCUCCUCCACGCUAAUUUUAGUUUGUGGAGAGAGUUGCUGCCUCGAAGCUAUAAAAUCAAACAAACUGUAGUUAGCCUUGACACUUCACUGCGAAGGAUCUAUAGGUCCUAUCUUUUAACUCAAGAUCUUGACCCCCCGUCUGGUCAUGUCGCAGUGAACAGGUUAAGUAAUGUAUUAAAUAUUAGGAGGGCCUCUCUUUCCUUGUCAGGAAAUUUUUGCCCUUUGUAGUGCAUGUCAAACUGUACUCUUGCUUUUCUAUCUGAGCUGUUUAAUUUGUACUUGUACCUAUUCUUAGUGUACCACUGGUACACCAGUUUGAUUUCCUCUCUAAAAUUUUUAUGUUGUACUUGAUCACCAUGUACAUGAGUUAUUUGCAGUCUCAUGAUAUGUCUUUCUCAAUUUAAACUUUCCAUAAACGUGGGGAUUUAAAAAUAUUCUGUAUGUCUGUUUGUCUAAUUGUGUGCUAUAUGUCUAUUUGCUUUACUAUUUGGUUUCUAGUCAUACAAGCCCACCAAAUAUUUUUUUUUACUAUAUCUAAGUCAUUUUUACUGUAGGAAGUGACCACAUCAGAAUAGUCAGUAAGAGAUUAUUGUGCAUAUUUAAAAUGCAUUAUAGAUGUCAGCUACUGUGCAGUUUCACAAUGGAGGUGAAAUUUAAAUUUGUACAAAACGCCAGUCUCCUCUGCUAUUUUUAAGAAGUUUUGUGAACAGCUUUAUUUUAAAUUCAUUUGGACUUGAAAGAUUCAAAGAAAAGAACACUGGCGCCAUGGGAUGUUGUAUGUGAUUGCUUGAGAAUUACUGGAGUUUUCCUACUUCAAAGAAGACCAAUUUUGUAAAGACUUCAAAUUAAUAGAAGUUGCCAUGUGGCAACUUUUGUUGCUUCUUUUGUAUUAAUUUUGGCUUCUAGAAGAAAAAUUCAGCCUACCCUGAAAAUUUCAAAACUUUACUUUUAUGUACUUUAUUGCCUAGUCAUUUUCUAUGCGUGUCAUCAGAACACCUUUAGUCAGUGAGUUUUUGAGGUGCAUCCGUUUUACACCCAAUCAUUUUUGUCUUUAUAAGUUGUCUAGUCAUUUUACCUCAUACUUCUAUUCUAAUUAAGAAUCUAAUGAUAGUCAUAAUUUUAUGCAUGUGGAGUUCUUUUGAAUUUCAUAAGAUGUUAAAGCACAUUCAAUAGUUUGGACAGUACACUGCACUAGUUUUAAGAACUUACUCAGUUUGAUUUUUACUGCCAUUUUCAGAACAUGCCAAGUCUACCUUGCUCCACAUCAGAUGACUUCUUACCACUCUCCUAUCUUGUGUAAUCUCUCUGUACUGUCCCCAUGAUUAAAGUGUAGAAAGGAAA